AUGUCGCUGCGGGAAAAGGCUGAAGAUCUCAGGAAAACGAUCGAUAAUCUCCUCGUGGUGGGAGUUGACAUGGCGGUUCCAAUUCUCAGGGUCGUCAAUGCUACCGCUGAUUGGUGUCCCCCUCUAAAGAUGGCGACUGGCGGUGCACUCUCCAUCUUCGACGAGGUUAAAAAGUUCAAGGAGAACAAGAAGGAAUGGGCUGAUUUUGGUGAAUACGUAGCUAGCACUAUGGCCAAGGUAGUUUCAGCCAUAAAGUCUUAUGAUGUGUCAGCGGGGGAGGCAGGGUCAUGGGUGGAGGGUGUCGCGGAGCUUGGGAGCGCGCUACAAGGCAUCCAGUCCAACAUCAAACAAAGACUCAGAGAACUAGAGGAACGGUCAGGUGUAAGAAAUGCACUGUCUCACUAUCGAGACCCUGGAAAAUUCGAGGGCCUGAAGAAGGAUUUUGACAAAGCGCUGGCAUCGUUUCAGGUAGCUUUCCUCAUGGCAUUGUUCCCUAAUCAUUCUGAUCUUCGGACGGUGCAGUUUAGGACGAAUUUAACAAUUGGUGUCGAAUUAUCGACUAUAAAGGACAGCUUAGACCGGCUGGAGGGUGCGAUUGACGCUAAAGUGUCAACCAUAGAGGACAGCCUGGACCAUCUGGAAGGUGCGAUUGGCGUCAAAUUAUCGACCAUGGAGGACACCUUAGACCGCCUGGAGAGUGACCCAACCCUCGAUAAUCUCCGAUAUCCUCAGAUCGCCCACCAUGAUUCAACAGAGGCAUGCCUGGAAGGUACCAGGGUCGAUCUCACGGAGCGUAUUAUGAACUGGUGUCGUAACACCGGAGAUAACGAGAACCGGCUGAUGCUACUGACCUCAGUUGCUGGCGCUGGCAAAACUUCGAUUGUGCACACGAUUGCAGAUAGAUGUAACAGGGAGGCUAUCUUGUUGCUGUGCUUUUUCUUCACAGUUGGCGAACAGCCACGGCCGGACUGUUUAUUCAGCGGCAUUGCUCAAGCUCUAGCAAAGCGUGACGCAGAUUACCGUGCCUUCAUUAUCUCUGCCCUUCGAAAAGACCCCACCCUCUCAACAGCUCCAUUCACGAUGCAGUUCAAGAAAUUAGUGGCUUCGCCCCUGCUUCAUAAACCUCCGCCUUCCGAUCGUCCUAUGGUGGUCAUCAUCGACGCUUUGGAUGAAUGUGACAAAGAAGUGUUCGAAUCCCUUGCCGAAAUUCUUGGGGACGAAGUGCCCAGGCUACCGUCUUCUGUCAAAUUCUUCAUCACAUCGAGACAAUUCGAUCUCGUGAAUCGCUACCUCUCCCCCGAUUACCCUAUUGAUCGUCUCCGCAUUGAUCUCUCGGAUGAGGCAAAUGUGCAGGACUGUGCUAUAUACAUACACUUCCAGCUGCAAAAGCUGAAGAAGGUACAUCGGGAUUUACGGCGUAAUCUUCAGGACGAGGAUAAGAUGGUACAGGAAAUCUCUGAACAAGCAAAUGGCUUGUUUAUCUGGAUCAGCACCAUCUUUCGCUACAUGAAGAUGGCCAACAAGGAUCCUAUGGGGACACUAGAAACUCUGCUCGACAUUGGUGCCAAACGACCAGAGGUCCCUGCUGAGAAGAUGAUGGAUGACUUGUAUACCAGCAGUUUGAAGAAGUGCGCUUGGGAGGAUGAAGAAUUUGCGCAUGAUUAUCCAAUCGUGAUGGGAGCAAUCUUCGUUGCUCAGCAGCCUCUAUCUAUCACAGCCUGGGACGUAAUUUUAUCACCUUUCCUCAAUUCUUCCGUUCAAUAUGCAUUGGCUGAACUUGCUCCUCUGCUCUCAGGAGUUGAGGAUUCCCACAUUCCGGUUCACAUCUUACACCAAUCUUUCCAUGAUUUUAUUCUUGAUCGGAUCAAUCCCCGAACAAUCAGCUCUCGUUGCACUCCUGUAGCUGAUCUCUGCUCUGUGAAGGGCUUAGGACUGAUUGAAAACUUGUCCGAAAAAGAUGAAAUGCUGCGCAUUCCUCCAAAGGAAUUAUCUGAGCAUUUUCGUUAUGCAUGUCACCACAUCGUCCAUCACCUCAGUGGAGUCCAAGAACAGCCUGAAGAGCUUGCUGGACCAGUUAGUGUGUUUCUGAGUCAAGAAGCAACUCGGUGGGUGGAAAUUUGUGUGCGAAUGGAAAACUACAUCAGUAUCUCGUUACUCCCUGAGUGGGCUAAGUUGGCUGUUGACCACAGGGCUGUUAGCACACUGGCUGAAGUGCUUACCCAGCUUCCAUGGAACCUGGGAUUUUUUUCAAGAUUCCAGGAGGCAUAUGAGGCAGCAAACGAUUCUGUUGUACUCUGCCGUUACCUUUUUUCUGUGGACUCAAGUUCCUACACCCCUCCUUUGGCUGAGUCACUCAACAGUCUGUAUGUUGCUCUUUCUGGACUCGGACGGCACUCGGAGGCACUCUCAUCGAUUGAAGAAAGUGUCAAACUCUAUCGCCAGCUAGUUGCCAUUAACCCAGGACCAUACACCCCGGGUUUGGCCAUGUCACUCAACAAUCUUUAUAAUGCUCUUUCCAAUCUCGGACGGCACUUGGAGGCACUCCCAUUCAUCGAAGAAAGCGUCAAACUCUAUCGCCAGCUAGUUGCCGUUAACCCAGGAUCAUACACCCUGGAUUUGGCCAUGUCAUUCAACAAUCUACAUAAUGCUCUUUCUGAUCUCGGACAGCACUCGGAGGCACUCCCAUUCAUCGAAGAAAGUGUCAAACUCUACCGCCAGCUAGUUGCUGUUAACCCAGGAUCAUACACCCCGGAUUUGGCCAUGUCACUCAACAAUCUUUAUAAUGCUCUUUCCAAUCUCGGACAGCACUUGGAGGCACUCCCAUUCAUCGAAGAAAGUGUCAAACUCCGUCACCAGCUAGUUGUUGUUAACCCAGGAUCAUACACCCCGGAUUUGGCCAGCUCACUCAACAAUCUAUAUGCCGCUCUUUCCUAUCUCGGACGGCACUCAGAGGCACUCCCAUUCAUUGAAGAAAGCGUCAAACUCUAUCGCCAGCUAGUUGCCAUUAACCCAGGAUCAUACACCCCGGAUUUGGCCAUCUCACUCAACAAUCUACAUAAUGCUCUUUCCAAUCUCAGAUGGCACUCGGAGGCACUCCCAUUCAUUGAAGAAAGUGUCAAACUCUGUCGCCAGCUAGUUGCUGUUAACCCAGGAUCAUACACCCCGGAUUUGGCCAUGUCACUCAACAAUCUACAUAAUGCUCUUUCCUAUCUCGGACAGCACUCAGAGGCACUACCAUUCAUCGAAGAAUGUGUCAAAAUCCGGCACCAGCUAGUUGUUGUUAACCCAGGAGCAUACACCCCCAAAUUGGCCAACUCACUCAGCAAUCUACAUCAUACUCUUACCAAUCUUGGACAUCAUUCCGAGGCACAAAUGGUUCACAUUUAA